AUGGUGGAUGAGAAGAAACUAGAGGGCAACGGCACGUCUGCGAGUCACGCGAUCUCCUAUACUAUGCCUGCGAUGGAGGAAGCUACGCCACAGCGUCAUGUCGCAGUUCCCAAUGCGCAACGGGAUAUCGAGGAAGAUAUCACUUACACAAAAGAUGUCCACUCCGAGAAGAGAGAACUACCGGAGUCGGAUUCUCUCGAUAGCAGUGGCCAGAAGAAGGACGAUAAAGACGAGGAGGCAGGUGAAAACGUCCCGUCGCGAUCGUGGCGCCGCUAUCGCCCGUGGCUGAAGCAUGUUGUCUACGCCGUCAUCUGGCUCUUGUUCACCGGCUGGUGGAUUGCCGGUCUCAUCCUCCACCGGUAUGAUCUGGGCUGGUUGAUCCCAUUCUUGAUCUACCUCGCGAUUACAUUGCGCCUCAUCUUUCUCUAUGUUCCCAUUUCGAUUGUGACCAGACCAGUCUACUGGUUAUGGAACCAGACCGCUUCACGAUUCGUUAGCCUAAUCCCAGAGAAACUAAGAAUCCCCAGCGGCGCGCUCUUGACGAUUGCCGUGAUUAUCGUCGGCUCAUUUGCCUCGCCAGAGUCUGCAGACAACACCCGCGCGAACAGGGCUGUCAGUCUCUUUGGACUAGUUGUUUUCCUCUUUGUCUUGUGGCUUACCUCAAGAAAUCGGAAGAAAAUUAUCUGGCAUACCGUCAUCGUGGGAAUGCUUGUGCAAUUCAUCAUUGCACUCUUCGUCCUCAGAACCAAGGCUGGAUAUGAUAUCUUCAAUUUCAUCUCUACGUUGGCUAGAGAACUCUUGGAGUUCUCUAGACAAGGUGUAGAUUUCUUGGUGGAAACUGGUUGGGCCGAUAAGCACAGCAGCUGGUUCCUCGUUAGUGUGGUCCCGGCUAUCAUCUUCUUCGUGUCUAUCGUCCAGUUACUCUACUACACUGGCGUUCUUCAGUGGGCAAUUGGCAAGUUUGCCGUAUUCUUUUUCUGGGCCAUGCGAAUCUCGGGAGCUGAGGCUGUGGUGGCAGCUGCAUCUCCUUUUAUCGGACAAGGCGAGUCAGCCAUGCUUAUCAAGCCUUUCGUUCCCUAUCUUACGAUGGCGGAAAUCCACCAAGUCAUGUGCUCUGGAUUCGCUACUAUCGCAGGAUCGGUCCUGGUGUCCUUUAUUGGAAUGGGCCUGAACCCCCAAGCGCUGGUGUCCUCAUGUGUGAUGAGUAUUCCGGCAUCUGUAGCAGCAUCUAAGCUGCGCUGGCCCGAAGAAGAGGAAACGCUGACAGCUGGCCGUAUUGUCGUUCCCGAAGACGAUAGCCACAAAGCAGCUAACGCUCUUCACGCAUUCUCCAACGGAGCUUGGAUGGGUAUCAAGAUUGCUGGCAUGAUUGCCACUACACUUUUGUGUAUCAUCUCCCUCGUGGGUCUCGUUGACGGCCUGUUGACCUGGUGGGGUCACUACCUGAACAUCUACGAGCCAGAUUUGACUAUUGAACUCAUUGUUGGCUACAUCUGCUACCCGGUUGCCUUCCUUCUUGGUGUCUCCCGUAACGGUGAUCUCCUAAAGGUCGCUAAACUCAUCGGAACCAAGCUUGUUAUGAAUGAAUUCAUCGCGUACGAUUACCUGCAGAACAAAGAAGAGUUCCAAAGUCUAUCGCCCCGUUCCCGGCUGAUCGCUACCUAUGCUCUGUGUGGUUUCGCCAACAUCGGUUCUCUCGGAAACCAAAUUGGUGUGCUGGCUCAGCUAGCCCCCAGCCGAGCGGGCGAUGUGUCCCGUGUUGCUGUCAGCGCUAUGCUCACGGGUGCCAUCAGUACUCUGACGAGUGCGGCCAUCGCCGGUCUCCUAAUUACAAAUGAAGAGCAAUACAUCUCAACAUCCUAACAACAAUGCGGGAACAUUGAUCUGAGCAUGUAUCGUGCCAUUUGAACUGUACUAUUUAAUUGCGGGUGUUCUUUUACAGUUUUCUUCGAUGUUCGCAAUUUUCAUUGACCAUUUCGAAGCAGAAGUAUUGUAUAUACUUGUAUCUCCAUGAGACCAGGAGCUCACGAUCUCAACUCUUUCUUGAUGCAAUGACUUCAAUGGGAGUCUUCGGCUCAUUUGUUCUGCGAGCAGUAAAUACUACUAUAUGAAUAUCCUGAUCAUCUUAUUGCAUCCAAGUUUGGUGAUAUAUUUCCUCCCAUGUAUUCUGUCAUUAUCUAACUACAAUCUUCCUGUGGUCGCUAUGCCUACGAGUAACUGCACGCGACGCUACAGUAUUCGACGACUGCUAUAAUGUAUUACAGUAAGCGAACUCGAUCUAGCGCUUUGCAUUGGUGUGUCCUGUCUUCUCUCUUGCUGUUUCAGUAACCCUAUCUCUAUCGCGGAUAGCAAAAAGCCCUGUAUUGUCCAAAGCAUCUCUUUCGAAAAUUCAUGCGGUUAUGCUUCUACUAAUUGUCAAUGGGCUGUCUGUAAACAUAGAUUGCCUGGACAGCUCAUGGGGUACCGAGAUCCAAGUGUCCACGUGAGAGCUAACCUACCUGUCACGAGAAAGCUAGAGAACUCAACUAGUACCCUCAAUUCGAUUCCAAAUAAUGGAUAGGGUA